AAGACGGAGGUGUGUUGUCACCGCUCGCUGCAUCGAUAUUACAGCGAGUCACUAGCUGCUCGAACAGUAUCGUCCCGCUUCCGAAGUCAUGGCAGGAAAGACCCAGCAGCUCCACGAGUCGGUGGUUAUCCGCAGCCUGCGGCGCUUCAGAGAUCGAUAUUUUCCAAACGGUGGUCAAGUUGUCAAAGACGAUUUGACGUCCGCUGCGGACACGGUGGGAGAGCCACAACCGGGAUUCAUGGAUAGUUUACCGGUGGACGUACAGUUCCUGAUCAUGACCUUUCUGUCUCCGGAGAGUAUUUGCAGCCUGGGAGCCACCAGUCGGUACUGGAGGGCUAUGGUCAGAGAUCCGUUACUGUGGAGGUACUUCCUGCUCAGGGACAUGCCAAAUUGGUCCUCCAUUGAUCACGUGAGCAUGCCCCAACUGGAGUUGUUGGACACGCCACUGAUCGAUGAAGGUGAGAGCCUGGACGAUAGAGAAGAGUGGGACGUUAAAGGGACGGAAUCCAAAGUUGACUACAUGUCAGAAUACCUGAAAGGCUGCCCGUCCUGUAGACAACAAUGGCUUCCCUCGCGGCCGGCGUAUGAGGUCGUGACCUCUUUUCUUCAGUCUCUCGUGCCAGCGUCCGAGCCGCGCUAUGCCAUGUUCGGCCCCGGCAUGGAGCAGCUUGACGUCUCUUUAGUCACAAGGCUCAUGUAUGCUCCAGAUGUGCUGCCUGUGUCAGGCACUCCUCAAAGACAGAUAAAUGGUAUUGGCUCGGGGAUCAGUUACAUCUUCAACAACCAACACAAAUUCAAUAUUCUGACUCUGUACUCGACCAAUAGGGCAGAGAGGGAGAAAGCCAGAGUGCAGCGGCAGAGCAUCAGCAAUAAACUUUUUACCUGUGAAGGAACCGAUGACUCAGGCUGCCCCAUCUACAGCCCUGCUCCUCCGGUCCAGCCAGUGUGCCAGGCGGUGGACGGUUUCAUCUACGUAGCCAACGCAGAGCCCGGGAGAGGUGAUGGGGAGUCCGAGGCGGCUCAGAUUCGGGCCAUGCUGAGCUCUGCCGAGGGUUCAGCAACCAGGCCCCUGCUGGUGCUCUCUUGUGUCUCCAGAGAAGAAUCGGAAGAAAUCCAGAUAACCCACCUGCAAACCAUUACCAGCGGGGCCAGGUGUCGAACUCCCUGUGUUGACAUCGCAAAGAGACUCGGACUACCCCAGCUGGCUAACCCCUGGAUGGUGCAGGAUACGGUAGCAGAAUCCCUAUCGGGUCUUCUGGACGGCGUCUCCUGGCUGCUGCGAUGUUCUCGAGUCAAACUCUCUGGGAGCUAGUUAACUCACUUCUGCUGGCUUCCAGAAGGAUGGAAACCACUAAUUUCAUUGCCCCAUCAUACUGACACCAAGACACACUUUGGCAUUUCCUGAGUAAUGUAUGCCACGUGUGUGCAUACAGAGUGUCUCAGCAUCGGAGCAUUGCCUGUCGGGGUCAAUGAACUGGAUCAGCGCUGAUGGGUUUCUAACUGUUAUUCAUCUAGGAGAACUGAGAGAGACUCUGUUCUUAUUCACAGAGAGCGCUUUAUGGAGGAGUGAUGGCAGGCCGGAAGGUUCUACAUUUAUUAGGGAGCUUCACAAUCACCCCUCAAACUGGGUUUGUUCACUUUUUUUAUGUCAUUAUCCAAAGCGACUUACAAUAAGUGCAUUCAACCAUGAGUACAAACUCGGAACAACACUUGGCAGUACCAACAUGCAACAGGAGACAACGGUACACACGUGGGUCGGUUCAGCUGUUUUUUAAGUUGCAGGAAAACGUAGUUGUUGCAGAAGGAGGAGCACUGCAUUGUUCAAUGAGACGAGCAGGCAAACCGAUAAUCAGACUCCGGUGCCGAACACAAAAAACCCAAAAUGAAACAUUUUAAAACUCA